UUGUCCUUUAGUUAUUGUUAACUAUUGUCAUUUACGAUAAACUUAUUAGGCAAGCAAGUGUAGCAAAUGUCGCUCUUUCGCAAGCCCAAGAAAAUACAGCGGCGCGUCUUCUCCAGCAAUGCAGACGAGGACGACGACACCUCCUCAAUGGACAUCGAUGGGGACAUGUUGGUAACGCCUCCACCACCCCCGCCCAUAAUAUCCAUGUCCGGCAAACGUGAUAAAGAUAAAAUCAAGAAAACGAUACGACAAACCGAUGAAAGCGGAGCCCCUGGCGCUGCUCCUGGCGCUGUGCAGCACAAGUCAAAAGCCCUACUAAGUUUUGCCGACGACGAGGACGAUGGUGAGGUGUUUCAAGUGCGCAAAUCUUCGCACAGCAAGAAAGUUAUGCGAAUGCUGGACAAGGAGCGACGCAAGAAGAAGCGCGAGGAGCGAUCGGAUCAUGCAACGGGCACCAUUCCCACCGGACAACCGGGCACCUAUGAGAAUGGUAGUACAACAACAACUACGCAGCAUUUAGAGUCGUCCAGUGCGAAUGCUCCUGGCGCUGCUGCUGCCAAUUCUAGUAGAUAUAUGAAAUGUGCGUCGAUAGCAAGCGACAAUGCGAGCGUACAGAGUAAAAGUAAAAAGUGUGAUAAUCAUAUGAUCCAAACCGAAAUACGCACAGACGACUUUGUGCUUGUGGUCAAGAACUCGGAGACUCCUGAAGUGGUUUUAAAUGGUCGUGCCGCGCUCUGCGUUGGUCGCGAUGACAUGAGCGACGAGGACCAGUUGGAUGAUGGGGACAACGAUAAGACGCGGCAUCGUUUCUCAAAGCCCGAACACUUGAAGCAAAUGCUUGAAAGCGGUUCCAUACCAGAUGCCGCCAUGAUACACGCGGCACGCAAACGCAGACAGCGGGCAAGAGAACAAGGCGCUGGUGAUUAUAUACCCGUUGAAGAGCCCAAGGAGAUGCCCAAGCUGAGCACGCGAUUGGCGCGUGAAGAUGUCGAGGGCGAUCAAUCGGACGAUGAGGAGCGCGUGGAUAUGAGCGACAUAACGGGUCGCAAGGAGCGUGAAGAGCGUCGCGAACAGUUCUAUGCCGUUGAGAAUGAUUUAACCGAGGAAGAUUCCGAUCGCGAGAUGCACGAGUGGGAGAAUCAGCAGAUACGCAAGGGCGUUACGGGCGCCCAACUGGUGCAUGCUCAGCAUGAAACUGUGCUCUCCCGCUUCAUGAUCAAACCGGCAGCGGUCAACGGCGAGGGCGCCAUGCAACUGGAAGAUCUUGAGCGACAGGCGCCGCCCUCAACGGCAACGCUGCUGGAGCAGGCGUAUGCCAAGACUGCCGCCAUUGACAAAAACAGCGCAAUGGCAUCCGUGCUGCGCUCGAGCUACGUCAAGCCUAAAAAGGAGAAGGCCAAGCCGACGUCAUUGCGCACGCCGCAGGAGAUGCGCGCUGGCAUUUUGGCGCGUCUCACAGAACUGCGGGAGCGGAACGAGGAACACAAUUCCAGGAUUGCGCGCAUUGCAGCCGAGUUGAAGUCACUGAAAUUGAAGCAGUUUGAGUGUCAACAGAAUGCGCCCACAGCGGCAGCCAAGUACAAAUUCUAUCAGGAGGUCAAGUGUUAUGUCAACGAUUUGGUCGAUUGCCUGGCCGCCAAGUCGCCGCUCAUCAAUGAGCUGGAGAAGCGUACCAUGCAGCUAUAUGGCAAGAAUCAGCGUUAUCUGGUGAAUCGGCGGCGGCAGGAUGUUCGCGAUCAGGCCAAAGAAAUGUCCGAGGCGUCAAAGCCCGUGUCAGCUGCAGUACGUCGAACCCCGGAAUACGAGGAGCAAGUACGUCGUGCCGCCGAGCGUGAAGGUCGUCGAACGCGUCGACGCUGCGAGCGUGAACGCAACGAUAUGCUUGCCUCCCAUUUGGAUGGCAUGUCCAGUGACGAUGAGAUUGCCGAUCAGCAGCAGGAGCAGUGCCUGGCGUCCACGGGGCUAAUCGAAACCCAAGCAGCGGAGGCUUUCGAUGAUGUCACUGAUGAUUUUUGCAAAGUUGAUCUAAUACUUGUGAAAUUCUAUGCCUGGCGCAAAACGGAUAUGAGCUCUUAUCAGGAUGCGUUUGUUAGCCUCUGUCUGCCCAAACUGUUGGCACCGCUGGUGCGUCACGAGCUGUUGCUCUGGUCCCCGCUGCUCGAGGAGUACACAGACAUUGAGACAAUGCACUGGUAUCAAGCGUGCAUGUUGUAUGCCUGUCAGCCAGAUGAGACCGUGGAUCGCCUGAAACAGGAUCCCGAUUUUAAUCUGGUGCCCUCGCUUAUGGAAAAAAUUGUGCUGCCCAAAGUAAACGCCUUGGUCACAGAAUGCUGGGAUCCACUAUCCACCACACAAACGUUGCGUCUGGUGGGUUUCAUCAAUCGCUUGGGUCGCGAAUUUCCACUCAACAGCAGCAACAAGCAAUUGAAAAAGCUCUUUGAGUCCAUUUUGGAACGAAUGCGUCUCGCUCUCGAAAAUGAUGUGUUUAUACCCAUCUUUCCCAAGCAGGUGCAGGAAGCCAAAGGCUCGUUCUUCCAGCGUCAGUUUUGCAGUGGUCUGAAACUAUUUCGCAAUUUUCUCAGUUGGCAGGGUAUUCUGGCGGAUAAGCCGCUGAGGGAGCUGGCCAUUGGAGCGCUGCUUAAUCGCUAUUUGCUGCUGGCCAUGCGCGUCUGCACGCCAAAUGAUGCAAUAAAUAAGGCCUAUAUUAUUGUAAAUACCCUGCCAACAGUUUGGUUGCUGCCCAACAGUGACACGUUGAAGAACCUUGAGCUAUUUAUUAGUUACAUUCGUCAAACACUGGAAAACUGCGAUGCAAACAAUCCACUAUUUAUGCAAUCCUGUGACAAGGCCAAGCAGAUACUACAAAGACUACAUAGCUUAUAAAGUGCGAAGAACCUACAAAAAUACCAAACAAAUCUUUAACACAAUUUAAUCGUAGCUCAAUGAUGGGUUUCUGCUUUUGAAAUAUCAACAACAAUCAAAUACUCUCCCGAUGGUUAAAUUAGCAAUAACUAAAGUCCUUAAUAAUUGGGUGUUCCAUAAAUCGUUGCUCAAAAUGCUGUCAAAAACUAUUCGAGAAUAUGUCUUUAUAAAUCUAAAAACGAAUACUGUAUAUACUUCGCCUAUGAUAAUUGUAAUAUUUUGAUUAUUUGAUUUGUUUGUUGAUCGAAAGCGAAGACAACCGAAAUGCAAUUUAAAAAGCGUCUUUAGUCUUUAAUAUUACUCGUCUCGAUGGGGACACAAUCCUGUUUCGAUCGUCUUUCGUAGAUAAGUACUACAUACUUGAAAACCUAUAUCUAAAAAGUGAUACAAAUUCAGACACUCUUUUAUAUAACUUUAUUGAUUGUAAUUAGGAGACUUGCGUGCAUAGCAAUAAUAAAAACAAUUUUUUAAAUUAUGUACAGAAUACAUUAACAAU